AUGGCGGCCGGCGGGGCGUCGGCGCAACUGUCCACGAGGCUCGCCUUCUUCCUACUACUCAAGCGCCGCCCACGGAUAGGCGAUGGCUUCACCCGCGUCAACGAGGUCGAGGAGUCCCUUGAUCCAACCCUCGACCUCGUCGGUGUCGACAGCCUCGCCCGUCUCGAUGGGGUCGGUUACUCGAUCUCCAUCAUCCAUCUCAUCUCCGGCGAGUACGAUAUCGUUUUUUGGUCAACAUCGUCGUGCCUGAAAUCCAACUACAUUGAGCUCCCACCGCCAUCCUCCAAGUGUAGCAGUGGACAAUCUGUCAUCAACGGUCUCAAUGUCUUGUGCCGUGUUGGAAUUCUCACUACGUGUUUUGGAAUCAAACAAGCGGGAUGGUUAAGCCUCCUCCUCCUUCCUUUGUUGGGAGGAUGUUCAUGCUACACCGGUUUGCUUCUCAAGAGAUGCAUAGACAGCUCGCCAACCAUUGAAACAUACCCCGAUAUCGGACGAGCCGCUUUCGGUAUCCCGGGUCGAGUAUUUGUAUCGGUUGUCCUUUAUCUAGAACUUUAUGCAUGCUGCGUGGAGUACAUCACACUGCUAGGAGACAGCUUGUCUUCAGUGUUUCCUUCUGCGCAUUUAGCUUUUACCGGCAUCUACUUGAACUCUCAUAACCUGUUCGCGAUAUCAAUGGCUUUGGCAAUUCUCCCAUCAGUCUGGCUCAGAAAUCUCAGUCUCCUCUCCUAUCUUUCUGCUGGAGGCGUGGUUGCAACCCUAACAGUCAUUGUGUGCCUGUUUUGGGUUGAUAUUGGCGAUGGAGUUGGGUUCCACCCUUCUGGUAGUGCGCUGAACCUGACCCACCUUCCAGUGGCACUUGGUUUGUAUGGAUACUGCUUCUCAGGGCACUUGGUUUUCGCAAAUAUAUACUCAUCAAUGAAGGAGCGCUCGCAGUUCCCUUUUGUCCUCCUGUUCUGCUUUAUAGUGGUCACAAUUGUGUACUCUGGGGUCGUGGCCACAGGGUUUCUGAUGUUCGGCGAGUCCACGAUGUCGCAAUUCACACUGAACAUGCCACAACAGUAUGUUCCCUCCAAGAUCGCCAUUUGGAUGACGAUUGUGAAUCCAUACACCAAAUAUGCCUUGACGAUGACACUGGUUGCCUUGUCGAUAGAGGAGGCUUUGCCUAAAAAGAUGCAAAAUUACGUUGCAGGAAUGUGUGUUAGGACAGUUCUUGUCCUCUCAACUGUCGUCGUGGCUCUAUCUUUUCCAUACUUUGCCUUGGUGAUGGCAUUGCUUGGAUCUGUCUUCACAAUGCUUGCGGUACGGAUCCGGAGGGCCGCAGGGCUACCUCUGGAUCCGGAGGAGGAUUUCGAGAAGGAGGAGGUGGUGAAGGAGGAAAAGGAGAAGGAGCAGGAGCUGACGGAGGAGGCGUUGCCGCUGGGUGUGAGGGAGAAGGCGUCGACGAUGGAGGAGGGCAUGGAUCUGUGGGCUUAG